AUGGACCAAAAUGCUAAACCGCCCGGAGCUACAGGAAGUUCUAACGACGAUGAGCACAUGUCUGCAGUAAACCAGCUGAAAGAUCUUGGAAACCGGCUUCUGAAUCUAGCCAAAUCAGAUGACGAAGUUUUACAGCAACAAGUCUUAGAUUCUUUGUUAGAAUUAUUGCAACCUCUUACUGUGACCGAGUCAGGUCCGCAUAUUGACAGGCUAAGGGAGAUUUUUGAGUUUGUUCAAAACGGUAGAUCCCAAAGAACAACUUCCCGCCAGCCGCAACAGAAGAGAAGUACGGACGAAAUCGUCGACGUUUCUAUUGGCUCUGUGGAUGAAGUUUUUGUUGGAGUCAUUACAGUGGUCAAAUCUUUAAUAAAUGAUUUCUUCAAUAAGGAUAAAUAUAAGCAAUAA